CUGCCCCUCUACACCCCUCGUAUCACUCGCAACACCCACUCAUCCGAUCCCCCGCCCCAUCUCCGCACCUCUAGACACUACCACGAGUCGCGAGCGAGCCAUCGCUUCAGCCCUCACUGGACUGAUCCAUCACCCCGGCGGCACAUCACCCACCACCUCCACCGAAAUAGAUCCCGCUCCUCCUGCCGUCCACCACCCAGCCAUCGCCGCCGCCGGACUCGAUCGCAUCUCCAACCCCCCCCAUCCUCCUCUUCGCGUCUCGUCUCGAUCCAUCCUCGCGCUCACAAAAGCCGAGACACCUCCAACAUCCUCUCCACCAACUCGUCGCAUCAGCGCGGGCCGCAAGGCCGCACCCCUCAUCUCUUCGCCGCUGCAUCAUCCGCAUCGCACCGGCCAAUCGCCCCCGGCGUGUACCUCAGCCCAACUGUCUCAUCCAACCCCGACCCCCCGUCCUACUCCACCUAGCCCCUCCCAAUCCGGCGCAUGCACCCAAACACGAACCCUCCCUAUACGAUGGAGCAGCAGCGUGGCGCCCGCCCCCCCAUGCCGCCACCAGGGCAGCCUGCACGCCCACCCCCCGCGCCAGCCCCGCAGUUCGUGCAGGGCGACUACGCGAGCCGCCUCGCCCCGUCUUACACGAGCAACUGGCAAGGCCAGCCGGGGUACAACCCACAGAUGUUCAUCCCUGGCGCAGGCUACGACGUGCAGGCGGCCGUAGCGGCCGCGCAGCACAUGACGCCUGCGCGCCCGCCGCAGCCGACGCGCUCCGACCGCUUCGACACGGCUGCGAUGCCGCCUCCCGCCGCUGCGGGCGGGUAUCCGAUGAACUUCCCGUGGCCGCGGCAGGAUAUGUCACCGACGCGUGCGAGAGACGCAAACGGGUCGCGGCCCACUACUGCCGAAGGGCCGCUCCUCUCCCCGGUACAGGUCAAAAGCGAGCGCGACGACGCGCCGCCCGAAGAGCCUGAGCAAAAAGUCGACCAUCGCAAGCGUAAGCGGAACCGCACGAUUCGGUCGUGCGUGCCCUGCCACAACCACAAACGCAAGUGCGACCGCAGGCGGCCAUGCGGGCGCUGCACCGCCCUCGGCUUGACUGGCUCGUGUGUGUACGAAGUGGACGAGGCGCGUGAUCCAAAUGACCCCGAGGUUAUUGAGACGGACCGACUGCGCCGCCGGAUCGCCGAGCUGGAGCAGGUCGUGCGCGAGCUCCGCCAGCGGCAUCCGCCGCGCAAUCAGACGCAGGCACAGCAGCAGGCGGCCAACGCCGCCAACGCCGGACCACCCACGGCCGACGACAAGCGCAAGGUCAUCGUCGACCGAUUCGCAAAGUUCAAGCUCGGCGAGGUGUCGGCCGGCACGAGCAUGUCGUGGAACGCCAACACGCCGACGGCGUCGGAUGCGUCGCCUGAGAGCAGCGUCAGCCUCAACCGCUCCCACUACGCCGAGCCGUACAACGCCGCAUCGCUGCCCGGCGAAGACCUCGUCAGCGACAAGCAGGGCAGCAAGACGUUCCUCGGCGCGCCGGCCGGCAAGCUCAUGUUCCGGCGCCUGCGCGAAGUCGUCUCCGGAAAGGGCAAGGACCACGCGGAGAUCCCCGAGGAUCUGGCGUUCACAGGCUGGUUCUCGACGCGCAAGACGUUCCCGUUCACGACGAUUUGGAGCCACGACAACUUUAUCGACGAGAUCCUCGGCCUGCUGCCGUCGCCCGAGGACGCCGACCUGCUGCUCGAGGCGUUCGUUGACGAGAUCGCUGUGCUCUUCGAGGCGUGGGUCCUACCCGAUUUGUGCGCGAGCUUCCGACACUUCUUCACGCGCAGCAACGCCGAGAAGCGCGCCCAUCCUCUGCAAGAGUUGUCGCUAUUCAUCAUGAUCUGCUCAUUGGGCUGCAUGAUCCGCUCGAGCGCAAGUGAAAUCUUCGGCGACGGCAAGCCAUCUCCGCACAACACGGAGCGCCCGACAGGCGACAAGGACCUCACGACGUCCCGCCUCCAGAGCGAGCUAUACCUCUCCGCCGCGUACCAGGCGCUGCGCUUGUGCUCAUUCCUCUCCAGCCCGACCAUGCACACCAUCCAGGCCCAGAUCCUCAUCAACGUCUACCUCCUGCACAGCGAGCGCGCCGCCGACGCGUGGGCGCUUACCGGCUCGCUUGUCCGCCAAGUCAUUGCGCUCGGGUACCACGUCGACCCCGCGCACCUGGACCCGCGCAUUUCGCAAAAGGAGGCCGAGAUCCGCCGCCGCGUCUUCUGGACUGUCGCCGGCCUCGACUGCCUUCUCUGCGUGUCCUUCGGCCGUCCGACCAUCAUCAACUACUACACAUGCGCGAUCCCGCAGGACAUCGACGACGAGGUGUUGUCCGAGGAGCCUGGCAGUGCCGUGGCUCUCACGCCCCCGACUAACGCGCUCAACCCCAGCACGAGCGAGCAGACGUACCACGCUGCGUAUUUCCAGAUCUCGCUCCCGAGUCUCGAGCUGCUCAACCGUGUGUUCCACGUCUCGCCGCUCGUCGCGCGCGACACGUUCAUGGGCUGGUUCAGCCCCACGAUCGCAGACCAUCCCGUACCCCCGCCCACGGUUGUCGGCAACACGUACGAGGACGCGAUCCGCCUCGGCCGCGACAUUUUCGACUGGUACACGCACGUGCCGGAUGGCAUGCGCUUCGACCCGGACGACCCGGACCUCGUCGACCUCAAGCAGCGCACGCGCAUGCGCAUCAACCAGACCCUCGCGCUGGUCGUCAAGACGUUCAUCUUGGUCCUCAUCCUGCACCGGCCGUACCUCCGCGCCGACCCGAGCGCGUACCCUGAGUCAUCGCAACUCUGCGGGCGCUCCGCUCACAUCAUUCUCGCAGCGUAUUCGGCGAUGGCACGUACAAAAUCGAGCAUCGUCUGGUCAUGGUGGACCAUGUCCUACCGCGCCUUCCACGCUGGCACGGUGUGCGCGUUCCUGGCCAUCCGUGAACCCGGCACGCCGCUCGCCGAGCGCUGCCUCUCCGACCUCCGGGGCGCCAUAACGAUCUUUGACGACCGCAGCUCGAACUGGAACAUCGCGCACCCGGUACAAGGCGACCUCUCGGCGGGCCUGCACCGCCUCGAGCGCCUCGCCACUGCGGCGACGCAGCAGCACUCGCCGCGCCCUGACGCACUCACCCCCGCCGCCCCCAUCUUCCCCAACCUCGCCGUCGAUCCCAGUGUGCCCGCGUUCCCCUCAGAGCUCACGCAAGCUUCCGAGCACGAGCUGGGCAUCUUGGGCGUCGACGAGCGCGUCAGCCACCAGCAGCGCCGGCCGUCCGCGCCCUUCCUCCAGCCGUGGACGCUGACCCAGCCCGGCCCAGACGCCGGCAUGACGAGCCCGUUCACGACCGAGCCGCUGGCGCUCCCGCAGAUCUGGGCUUCGAUGUUCAACAUCAAGAUGGACCCCGAAAUCGGCGACGACGUGCACGGCAUGCAGCAUAUGAUGCACCCGCAGGCCACCAAUGCCGCGCAGUAGCGCGCGGGCUCUAAGUGCGUGCAUGCACCCCCACAUCAUAUCAGUCUCAAUCUCAGUCUCAUGAAACCAUUUGUAUGAAAUGCACCGUCUUGUUCUAAG